GUCACCAUGGCCUUCCCAUCGUCCUUUUGCUUUCCGAUUCUGUCAAAAUGAAACUCGAGCUGUGCAGUUACAGCGGAUAUAAAAUCCAGCCUGGUCAUGGAAAGCGUUUCGCCAGGAUUGAUGGAAAAGUUUUCAACUUCAUGAAUGGCAAAUGCCAAGCAUCUUUCAUGAUGCGACGUAAUCCCCGUGAAAUCAACUGGACUGUCCUGUACAGACGUAAACACAAGAAGGGAACUCAAGAGGAGGUCAUGAAGAAAAGGACUAGGCGUACCACUAAGUACCAGAGGUCUAUUACUGGUGCAUCUUUGGCUGAUAUUAUGGCUAAGAGGAACCAGAAACCAGAAGUCAGAAAGGCCCAGAGAGAGCAGGCUGUCAAAGCUGCUAAGGAUGCCAAGAGAAACAAGCAGGCCCAAAAGUCAGUUACCAAGACUAGCAAAACUACUCAACAGAAGAGACCUGGGCAGAGCAAGGUAACCAAACAACCAAGAGCCUCGGCGCCACGUGUAGGAGGAAAGCGCUAACAAAAUAAAAAAUCCUCUUUGUAAAUUUAUUCAAAAUAUGUGAGAAAAUAAACAGUCAGGCCACAUUCAUGCAUUGAAGCUGAAA